CCCCCGCUCCGGCCUCCCCCGCGGCGGCCAUGAAGCCCCCGCCGCUGCUCUGGCUGCGGCUGCUGCUGCUGCUGCUGCUGCCGCCGCCGCCGGGCCUCGCGGCGGGCGCGGGCGAGCACCGGGCCGACUACGACCGCGAGGCGCUGCUGGGCGGCCAGGAAGAAGUGGAAGAAUUUGCCAAACUGAGUCCAGACGAGCAGCAGAAGAGGUUGAAAGGGAUUAUAAAGAAGAUCGACGUGGAUGCAGACGGCUUUCUCUCGGAAGCCGAGCUAAGUUCCUGGAUCCAGCACUCUUUUAAGCACUAUGUGGUGGAAGACGCCAAGGAGCAGUUCAGCCAAUAUGACAAAGACGGUGAUGGGCACGUUUCUUGGGAGGAAUACAAUAUUCAGAUGUACGACCGUGUGAUCGACUUUGAGGACGACAACACGUUGGAAGAUGCCGAAGAAGAAUCAUUCCGGCAGCUCCAUUUAAAGGACAAGAAGAGGUUUGAAAAGGCUAAUAAGGAUGAGGCACCUGGCUUGGAACUGGAUGAAUUCAUUGCGUUUGAACAUCCCGAGGAGGCGGAUUACAUGAAGGAGUUUGUCAUUCAGGAGGCUUUGGAAGAGCACGACAAAGAUGGAGACGGAUUUGUGAGCAUCGAAGAGUUCCUUGGCGACUAUCGAAGAGAUCCGACGGCCAGGGAAGAUCCAGAAUGGAUUGUUGUUGAGAAAGAUCGAUUUAGAAAUGAUUAUGACAAGGACAAGGAUGGAAAACUUAAUCCUAACGAGCUGUUAACUUGGGUGGUGCCCAAUAAUGAGGGCAUUGCUCAGGAAGAGACUGCUCAUCUUCUUGACGAGAUGGACCUGGAUGGGGACAGGAGGCUUACGGAAAACGAGAUCCUUGAAAAUCAGGAUCUGUUCCUCAAUAGCGAAGCCACCGAUUACGGCCGGCAGCUCCAUGACAGAAGCUUCUACCACGAAGAACUUUAAUUUCCAGGAGAUGCUUUGCCUUUGUUUCAGAACUGGACUUUCCCCCCCAUUGUUCAGCUUUAAAAACAGUACCUGUUGGGCAGCAACUGUACAUUGCUGAAGUUCUCUGUUGCCAGUGUAACUUUGGCACCGGAAAGAAUCCCCUUUUUCCAAAAGGAAGGGAAAAGAAUGGAGACCUUCAGGGUUCAUGUUUUAACACUACUUUUUGAAACAUACUUGAAAGUGCCAGGAUUUGACUGUAACGUACCACUAGUUUCUGUUAGACUUUUGGGAAGGGGAAAAGUAAGCGUAAUUGUCUGGUUCCAUGUCGCUAAUAGUUUUUCUAUCCUAUUUUCUAUACUACAUUCGGGGGGAUGAGACGUUGCACAUGAGGUUUCUGUGCCUGUUAACUUCUGUAGAUGGUGUUUAGGUGGUAGAUGACGCGGAAAUAUUUCUGCAUUUGGAAAAUAUUCUAUUCACUUGGAUUAAAACGUUCAAAUGCCCUA